UUUUCUUCCACCUACCACAACUCUUCGUUUUCGUCUUAUUUUUUUGCUGCAUCGGUUCUGUUUGUUUCUUGCUUUCUUCUCCACAGUCGAUCUUCUCUGCGAUUACUUCGUUCGGAGUGAGGGAGGUUUCUAAUCAUGGCUUUUCAGAAGAUCAAGGUCGCCAAUCCCAUCGUUGAGAUGGACGGAGACGAAAUGACUCGAGUUAUCUGGGAAUCAAUUAAGAAUAAGCUUAUUUUCCCCUUUUUGGAAUUGGACAUCAAGUAUUUUGACCUUGGCCUUCCACACCGCGAUGCCACAGAUGAUAAAGUUACAAUUGAAAGUGCAGAAGCUACUUUAAAGUACAAUGUAGCAAUCAAAUGUGCAACAAUUACUCCAGAUGAAGCACGUGUUAAGGAAUUUGGCUUGAAGCAGAUGUGGAGAAGUCCAAAUGGGACAAUCAGGAAUAUUCUGAAUGGUACUGUCUUCAGAGAACCAAUUCUUUGCAAAAAUGUUCCUCGCCUUGUACCAGGUUGGACGAAGCCUAUCUGUAUUGGACGACAUGCUUUUGGUGAUCAAUACAGAGCUACCGAUACAGUUAUCAAAGGACCUGGAAAACUGAAAUUGGUUUUUGAGGGGCAAGAGACGCAGGAGAUAGAGGUUUUCAAUUUUACUGGUGCUGGAGGAGUAGCGUUAUCCAUGUAUAACACUGACGAGUCCAUCCGCUCCUUUGCUGAUGCAUCAAUGAACACUGCUUAUGAGAAGAAAUGGCCUCUUUACCUUAGCACCAAAAACACUAUUCUAAAGAAAUAUGAUGGAAGAUUCAAGGAUAUAUUCCAAGAAGUCUAUGAAUCCCAAUGGAAAUCAAAGUUUGAGGCUGCUGGCAUAUGGUAUGAACACCGUCUCAUCGAUGAUAUGGUGGCUUAUGCACUUAAGAGUGAAGGAGGUUAUGUCUGGGCAUGCAAGAACUAUGAUGGAGAUGUUCAGAGUGAUUUCUUAGCACAAGGAUUUGGAUCUCUUGGGUUGAUGACUUCUGUAUUGGUUUGCCCUGAUGGAAAGACAAUUGAAGCAGAAGCAGCUCAUGGUACUGUUACACGACAUUUUAGGGUUCAUCAAAAAGGAGGUGAAACCAGCACAAACAGUAUAGCGUCCAUCUUUGCUUGGUCUCGUGGCCUUGCUCACAGGGCAAAACUAGAUGACAAUGCUAGUCUCUUAGAUUUCACUGAGAAACUAGAAUCGGCUUGUAUUAGUACCGUGGAAUCUGGGAAGAUGACCAAGGAUCUUGCUCUUAUCAUUCAUGGAUCCAAGCUUUCUCGAAACCAUUAUCUGAAUACUGAAGAGUUCGUUGAUGCUGUAGCUGAGGAACUAAAAUCCAGACUACUUAAGGCAUAGUGGUAUUUUAAAUGUUCAAUGGCUAGGUUGUGAAGUCUGACUGCUGAAAUACCAUGAAAUGAACUAGAGAGGAGACAAUCUAAUGGAACGAUUCAAUUCAACCGUUAGGAGCUCUGAGGCUACUGUUGUGUUCUGUGUUUGAGAAAUGUUUCAACGUCAAUUGUCAAAUAAUGACAGCUUAAACCUUCUCAGCUGUUAUAAUCUAUUUCCAUUUUUCCCUUUCCCGGAAAAUGGAAUAUGCAUUUUAUUUUCUUUUUCAGUUUAAUGAGCUGCAAUAAUUAUUCAUCAUGGUGUUCUGGGUUUCACUUUGCUGGAAAACGACUCUUCAAUUUUU